AUGGAGGCGCCACAGCAAGGCGGCGGCGGCGCCCUCGGCCUGGAGGGCCCCGGCGGCGCGGGCGCGCCGCUCUCGCCGCCGCUGUCCCCGGCCUCCGCCGCGGCGGCGGCGCUGGCGAACUCGAGGUGGAACCCGACCAAGGAGCAGGUGGCGGUGCUGGAGGGGCUGUACGAGCACGGCCUGCGCACCCCCAGCGCGGAGCAGAUCAAGCAGAUCACGGCCCGGCUGCGGGAGCACGGCCACAUCGAGGGCAAGAACGUCUUCUACUGGUUCCAGAACCACAAGGCCCGCCAGCGCCAGAAGCAGAAGCAGGACAGCUUCGCCUACUUCACCAGGCUCCUCCGCCGCCCGCCGCCGCUGCCCGUUCUCGUCAGCCCCCCCGGCCCGCCGUACCCUCACGGCCGCCUCCCCGUCCCGGCCGCGCCGGCGAUGACGAUGGCCCCCUCACCCGCGGCCGCCGCCGCCGCCGCCGCCGCUGCAUGCAACACCAGCAACGGUGGCACGCAUGUGAUGUACAGGGCUCCAUUCUACAUGGCAGCUCCGCAGGCGCCCGCGGCGAACGCUGCCUACUACCACACGGUGCAGGAGCAGCAGCAGCAGCAGCCGUGGCCAGUCAUGUACCCGAGGAUGGCGGUCGCCCAGGACAAGAUGAUCCCUGCCGCGGCGAUGCAGCACCAGCAGCCGCCGAGCCACCCGGGCGGCGCCGCGUACCAGGCCGCCGCGGCACCGGGCAACGCCCCGCUGCACGUGGUCCACCUCCCGGCGGCGGACGCCGGGGGCCCCAGCCGCGAGACGCUGCAGCUGUUCCCGCUGCAGCCCACCUUCCUGCUGCCCGACAAAGGGCGCCCCCCCACCGCCGCCGGCACGCCGGCGUCGACGGCGUCCGCUUCGUUCUCGGGGGAGUCCGAGAGCCCGGGGAGCCCGGACUCGAACGGCGACGCGCCCGCGGUGCCCUUCUACGACUUCUUCGGCCUCCAGUCCGGAGGCCGCUGA